UUGUGGGCGGUCUGUUCCGCUUCUGGCUCCGGAUGGGGGCGGGUCCUGGUCCGGGUCUCGGUCUCCGCUCGCGCGCCUCGCAGCCUCAGUCUGCGGGAGCACGCGGAGGAUCGGACAGCGCGUGAGCCUCCGAGGAGCAGCAUGAGCGAGCGCUUCGACUGCGGCGGCUGCAGCGAGUCGCUGUUCGGCCGCACCUACAUCCAGGUGGGGGGGCGGCCGCACUGCGUGGCCUGCUACGACCGGCUGCACGCCAGCACCUGCCACCACUGCCGAGAGGCCAUCGGGCACGACGCGCAGGAGCUGCUCUACCAGGACCGACAUUUCCACCUGCAGUGUUUCCGCUGCAGCCGCUGCCGGCGCUCGCUGGCCGAUCAGCCAAUCAGCUGCCAGGACGACCAGCUGCUGUGCAGCAUCUGCAGCCAGGCCCAGUGUGUGGCCUGCAGCCGGAGCGUCCCGCCGGGGUCCAGGAUGCUGAAGUACGAAGGCUCCACCUGGCAUGAGGACUGCUUCCUGUGCCGGGGCUGCCAGAAGCCCAUCGGGGCCGCGGCCUUCGUCCCAGACCAGGACGGCUUCUACUGCCAGCCCUGCCACGAGGACCGCCUCCCCCGCUGCGGCCUCUGCAGGAAGGCCCUGACCCGAGGGGGGGUGGCCUACCAGGACCAGGUCUGGCACCGGGACUGCUUCCUGUGCUGGGGCUGCAGGGCCCCUCUGGCCGGCCAGCCCUUCGUCCCCCAGGGGGGGGGCCCGGAGGGGGGGGGCGCCGAGGGGGGGGGCCCGGAGGGGGGGCGGCCCCACUGCGUCCGCUGCUUCGGCCGGCUGUACGGCCAGAGGUGCUCCGGCUGCAGGGCGGCCAUUACCGGCUUCGGGGACAGCAGCUACGUGUCCUUCCAGGACCUCCGGUGGCACCGGCCCUGCUUCAAGUGCUCCGGCUGCUCCGUGUCGCUGGUGGGCUGCAGCUUCUACCCCGACCGGGACCGGAUCCUGUGCAGGGACUGCCACCAGGACCAGGACCGGGGCCGGGACCAGGACCAGGACUGA